AUACCCCCCCACCCAGCCAUCCACCCACCGUCGCGAGCCCGCGGCGUGCCGAUAUCUUGAUUUGGUGCGCGAACGCGAUCCACGCCCCUCCCCCGGCCUGCACAUCCCAUCUUCAUGAAGCUCAUGGCCUCGUCUGGCUCAGGGUUCCAGCUCGGAGGGGGAUGAGCUCCAUGCAACGCCAUGCGCUUGAGGACGCUUCCAAAAGAGCUCCUGGCACGUCUGCCCGCCGCAGUGCCAUCCUACCGCUGCCAGAGGACGUGGUCGCCCAGAUCAAGUCGUCGACCGCCAUCGUCUCUCUGACUGGCGUGUUGCUCGAGCUGCUGAAGAAUGCCCUGGACGCUAAAGCUUCCAAAGUGGAGGCAUCGGUUGACUUUGCUCGUGGAGGCUGCACCGUCGAGGACAAUGGUCUCGGAAUCGCCCCCUUCGACUUUCGUGAGGAAGGGGGCCUGGGCAAGCUAUACUGCACCUCCAAGUACCUCUCCAAAGAUGAGUGCCUCGGCCGCAAUGGCACCUUUCUCGCUUCGCUCGGUGCCAUGUGCCUCCUGAUCGUUACCUCGCACCACCACGAGUACCGGUCCCAUAACCUAUUGACGCUGCACCACGCCAAGGUCGUCGAUCGGCAGCUGCCAGCAUCGUCCCAGCACGAGAUUCACGGCAAGCAUGGCACCCGCGUGACAGUCCGCAACCUGUUCGGGAAUCUUCCAGUGAGGGUCAAGCAGAGAGGCAUCGUGGCGGAACACAAAACAGAGCACGAUCGCUUGUGGGAGGUCCUAAAGGGCGAAGUUACAGGACUGAUGCUUAGCUGGGGCGAGCCGGUAUCUGUGAGAGUCCGUGAUUCCGACGGAAAAACAUCCAUCAGUCUCUCCAAUCUAUCACAGAGCGAUGACAGCUCGACGAAACGCUCUUCAGGGUUUCAGUCUCCGCUCAACGUCCUCACGCAGGCGAGCUACAUUCUACAUGCCGAUUGGCCCUCAUGGGUGCCUGUGUCCGCAUCCACAUCUACCAUAUGCAUAAAGGGUGCUAUCUCCCUGGAUCCUGCGCCCAGCAAGCGCGUCCAGUUCAUGUCUGUGGGUGUUACGCCUCUAAGUACCAACACCGGGCACAAUGAAUUGUAUGAUGAGAUCAACCGUUUGUUUGCGUUGUCUAGCUUUGGUACCGUCGAACAUGACGCGGCAAUCGAUAAUGAGGAGAAGGUCCGAAGACUUGGCGACAAUCGUUGCAAACCGAAUGGAUUUACCACCAAGCAACUGAAAACUCGAAAGGGCGUUGACCGAUACCCCAUGUUCUAUUUGCGCUUAUCCUUGACACAAGAAGACAAGCUCAAUCGAGCAGAGACCCUCUUCAGUGCAGACAAUGCCAACCUCAGCACGGUUAUGGAUGUUUUAAAGGCUAUGAUCACACAGUGGCUAGCCGUCCAUUAUUUUCGACCUCACCAGACGUUGUCCAAGCAGGUUCAUCCAUCAAGUUCAACUGCAUCCUCCAGCAACACUGAGAGCAACAAAACUGCAUUAUCGGCACGCCAAGACCGGUCGCUUAGACCUCUUUUCCAACCUCGAGUUGCGUCGGCACCGCCAACCCUUAAUCCGCCAGAGACUGACAGUAGUAAGAGAAAAAUAUCACAAGGCGCUCUGUCGAGAAAAGACUCAGAUCGAAGCCACCACUUGGCUUUCUCUACGUGGUCGCGCAUAAAAAGCGGCAACCCUACUUUUCUGGACAGCUUGGGCACGAAGAGAGAUGUUCGGACGUCAGAUGACGCAGCGUCGUUUGCUGGAAUUCCCGCCGCUUCGUACUUUGGCAAGUUCAGUGCUCCACCUGUGCUCGCGGGGGCUUUGGAUGGCGGUGGUGAUCCAAAUUCUCCACCAACAGAUACGUGCUGUGGAGACGGAAAUUAUGAUGAAGCGAUCCCCUGGACCGACCUAAAAACUAAGCAAACGUACUUUCUAAAUGCUCGGACUGGCUGCGUGCUGCCGUGCCCUCCAGCUAGGCCUCAGACCGACCCUUUACCCAAGGUCCGUGUUAACACGCUCAGAGACUCUAACCAGUCUCUGCGACUACAAAAGCUUACCACACCAAAAAAAGAGCCAAACGCAUGGCUCAAUGAUAUGCUGAGAGCAUGGCAAAAUCCAGUAUUCCUGCCUUCAGAAGCGAGGAUUCAGCAAGCUGUCCCUUCCCAGGACCAAAACGUCCAGCAUUGCGCGCAUUGCCACCAUUUGGACACCGGACGAGGCUACAGUGACGGAGCCUUCGAUACCGUGUCGACAUUGAAUGCGAGCAAACUGUCCAAAGAGGGGCUUGAGAAAGCCGAAGUAAUGGCCCAACUUGAUAGAAAGUUCAUUCUUAUAAAGAUGAGGACUCUCAAGGAUGAUGUCAAAAGGUCGAAUACAGAUGGAGAGGUCCUUGUCCUGAUUGACCAGCACGCGGCGGACGAACGCUUGCGUGUGGAGGCUUUGCUCGCAGAGUUGUGUACGCCAUUGCCGAACGACACCAGGAGCUACCGUUCUAAGCUGGGCUAUGAGUCGCGCGUAGCUGUGUCUAUCCUGGACAAGCCGAUUCAAUUCACGUUGACUGUCCAAGAGCAACAGCAGUUCACGUCACAUGCUUCAAGAUUCGCAGCAUGGGGAAUUCUGUUCGAUGUGGGAAAUGUAUCGUCUUCAUCGCCAAAGCUUCAACCGCUUCUUUCUGUAACGGCCUUACCACCCGUGAUAGCCGAACGUUGCAAAGCAGAUCCGCAAAUUCUCAUCGCCUUUCUCCGUACCGCUGUCUGGAAGUACGCGGACGCCGACUACCUACCCCAUCCCGUGGAUGAGCUGGAGACCCGGGAUGUAUCCUCAAGCAAUUCAGCAGCCUGGGUCAGACGCAUAUCCAGUUGCCCAGAUGGUCUAAUUGAGCUGAUCAAUUCGCGUGCGUGCCGUUCGGCUAUCAUGUUCAACGACGAGCUUAGUAUGGAAGAAUGCAGAGCACUCGUCCGGGAGUUGUGCAAGUGUGUGUUCCCGUUUAUGUGUGCGCACGGCCGGCCCAGCAUGAUUCCGUUGGUUGACAUUGGAACGGUUUUGAGCUCCGAAACAUCGGCACAACAGACAACAGGAGGCAGCUUCGUCAAGGCGUGGAAGCGAUGGCAGACAAAGUAGGAUACGCAAACGCAAGUCUUGCAUACAAUGACACAUAUAUACA